UCCUUGCUGUAGCAGUCUUAAGCUAGGGGAAGACGAAAUGUCUCCACUCCUGCUAUAUAAUAUAUAAUUUAUUGUGUUUUUGGAGCCGGGAGAUGAAAUAGCGGUUAGUAUUAAAUGAACAAACUGUAACUAUUAUGUUGUCAACUUCAAAACUACCUCAGAAGCCUUCAGACUGCACAGCAUCGUACUUCACGAACAGCAGCGUUCACGUUUCAUCACGGAGAAACCAACACAGGAGAAAUUAUCACCAGAUAAGAAUAUUACGAGGAUCUUCCCUGGCCCAAAGAAAUGCCGUCCAGAAACCAUCUUGACAAAGUUGGGCGCAAGAAAAAGAAGAAAUGGACGGAGGAGGCCAUGGAGCGUGCUCUGAUAGAGGUGAAGUCUGGGAGGAGCACAGUGAGGCAGGCGGCUAAGGAGUUUGGCGUCCCCAAGUCCUCGCUUGGAGACAGAGUGAGUGGACGGGUGACACCUGGGAGCCGCAGCGGACCGGCUCGGCUCAUCACCUCCGCAGACGAGAAGCUGCUGGUGGAGUUCUCCUUAUACAUGUCCAAGCAUGGAUUCCCACUUACCAAGCAGCAGGUAGUGUCCUUUGCAUCGUCCAUUUAUAAGCGGCAGCACCGGAGGGUGGCAUUUUCCAAACUGGGCCAGACGUGGUGGCUCAAUUUUAGAAAAAGGCAAGAAAAGAACAUUACUAUUCAGCCAGCAGACAAUGUUGUGCGUGGGAGGACAGUGUGUGUCAGGAAGGAAGCGGUGGAUCAGUUCUUUCGUCUGUUGAGCACGAUCGCAGACACACACGGGCUCAGAGACUCGCCGAGCCAGAUCUACAACUGUAGCGAGACGGGCUACCAACUGGGCAGGAGGAAGGCCGUCCUCUCCAAGCCCACGAGUCUGGGCUACAAGCCAGCGCCAAGCUCCAGGGACCACGUCUCUGUCCUGGCUUGCUUCAACGCAGCUGGAGAAGACAUUCCUCCGUUUGUUAUCUACUCCAAGGCCUAUCCAGGAGGAGUGUGCUACAAGACUCAAGGUCCACCUGAUGCCCUUUACGGGUGGUCGGAAUCUGGUUACGUCAACUCGGAGCUCUUUAAGAAGUGGUUCCUCAAACAUUUUCUCCUUCAUGCAGCAAAGGAGCGUCCUCUGCUGCUGAUCUUCGAUGGCCACAAGUCGCCGGUGAGCCUGGAGGUGGUGGAGUCGGCUCAGAAAGAGGGCGUCAUCCUCCUUUGCCUGCCUCCCCACUGCUCGCACAUCCUGCAGCCGCUCGACACCAGCCUCUUCAUGGUCCUGAAGCAGCGUUUCGCUUCUCUCUCCGGGGACGGCGACAGCGGCGCCGACGGCCACUUCGCCCUCAGCAAGAAGGAGUUCUCGGGGGUGUUAAACAGAACGUAUCAGAUAGCAAAGGAAGAGGAAGGUGUCCGGAUUGUGAAGGAAGGUUUUAGGAAAUGUGGCAUUUUUCCGCUUAACCACUACGCGCUUAAUGAGGUUCAUUUAAUGCCUUCACACAGCAUCGACCCCGCUGCUGGCGACUCCUUGUUAAAAUCGACAGAAGGCAUGCACUCUGUAGCAGAGCUCGCAGCACCUGGACCCUCCUCCUAGCUCAUUACCAAUUCAUCAAACUGUCUGUACCUUUGAGGUGAGCGGGGUCGGUUCUCCUGAGGAAACCGUGGCUGGUCGCAUUACUCAGCCAAACCCAAUCAACUCAGACUAGUCCCGCUCAUUAAGAUGCCGAGUGAGUUUGUAGUCCUGCGGGGACGUCACGCCGCACCACCCCCCUGCUUCCGUGCAGGACGCUCUGUUUAUCCACCGGCCAGAAUAAAGGGAUGUGUUGAUAUUUAAUUAGUUUCCUGCAUUGUGUUCAAUGCCAAUCUUACAAUGCUUCACUCCUUUACCUCCCAGCCGGUUAAGGUAAAUUGGGACAAUACAGUGUGGGCCACAUUUAUUGGCGCCUCUUGGAGAACUAUAAAAACAGUUCUUUUUAUAGAACAGUUUUUUAAUUAAAUUAAAUUACAUUAAUUUAAUUAGAUUAAUUUUUACUGCAGUGGCAUAACUAAGAAGAUCACCAUUUUAAUCGGAAUACAUUCCCUUACGUCAGCAAGAAUUGGCCAUUUUCAACAAAAUGACUGGUGUGACAAUUCUUUGAACCUCUAACAAAUACGUUUUUUAAGUGUAUUUUAUAUUUUCAUUUACGUUUUGCUGCAUGUAUGUGACACAAUGCAAUAGACAGGAUAGCGUUCUUCAUAAGCCAAGAAACACUGCGGCUGUCGCACGUUACUGUAAGAGAACUGCGGCAAAGAGUGACAUUUUAAGGUCACCGAGUCUCCAUGACAACAAUUACAUGCUAUCUGCAAGCCAAUUGCUUGCAUGCUUGCCAGAAAAGGCCUUUUCUGUCCUAUCAAAAACAUAAACUCUGCUGGGAGUUGUUCUUUUUUUUGGAUGAGACUAAGACUGAGCCUACACGGCAGAGGAUCUGUCAUGCUGUGGGUCAUUUUCACUUUCAAAGGGCUUGAAAACCUUGUCAGAGUGCGUAGCAUCAAAGACACUUAAAUUGGGUCAUUAUUGGGUGUUUUACAAUAUGUUGUAAAACACCAAAAGUACCAGACCUAGUCUAGUUUUUAUUGCAAAUAUCUUAGUUUAGUCCUAUUUCAAUUGUACUAACUUACCAUUAACUUUUCAGCAAGAAAUAUGAGCUUUUUUUAAAGUAAAUAAUUCCUUAACAUUGAUGAAAA